AUGGAGAACACCACCUUUCUGCACGUAGGCGACAUGAUCUCGCUCUACACUGAAGGCACCGGCCAGAACGGCGUCUCUGGGUUUCUCUCCACGCUUGGUCUGGUCGACGAUCGAUGUGUGGUGCAGCCUGACGCGGGAAAUUUAAAUUCACCACCAAAAAAGUUUAGAGAUUGCCUCUUCAAAACAUGUCCCAUGAACCGGUACUCGGCGCAAAAGCAGUUUUGGAAAGCAGCAAAACAGUCGGCUACCAACACGCAGGAUGCCGUCCUCCUUAAGAAACUUCACCAUGCUGCUGAGCUUGAAAAGAAGCAAAAUGAAACAGAAAACAAAAAGCUGCUGGGCAGUGUGAUUCAGUACGGCGGCGUCAUUCAGCUGCUGCACCUCAAGUCAAACAAGUUCCUGACGGUGAACAAGCGGCUGCCGGCGUUGCUGGAGAAGAACUCCAUGCGAGUGUACCUCGACUCCAAUGGAAAUGAGGGCUCCUGGUUUUACAUUGUGCCCUUCUACAAACUGCGCUCCACGGGCGACAAUGUCGUGGUGGGGGACAAAGUGAUACUGACGCCGGUCAAUGCCGGCCAGCCGCUGCACGCCAGCAACUACGAUCUUCCGGACAACAUUGGCUGCAAGGAGGUGAACGCCGUCAACUGUGAUACCUGCUGGAAGAUCUCUCUCUUCCUCGACCACAAGGAGAACAUCGACGGCGUCCUCAAGGGCUCCGACGUCGUCCGACUCUUCCACGCCGAGCAGGAGAAGUUCCUCACCAUGGACGACUACCGAAACAAGCGGCACGUCUUCCUUCGGUCGACCGCCCGAGCCACCGCCACGACGGCCACCUCCUCGAAGGCCCUCUGGGAGGUGGAGGUAGUGCAGCAGGACCCCUGCAGGGGAGGGGCCGGUCACUGGAACUCCCUCUUCCGCUUCAAACACCUCGCCACGGGGCAGUACCUGGCGGCGGAGAUCGACGACGAUGACACGCCGGACACGAUGAGGGAUAAGUUGAGAGGGCUGGAGAAGAACGUCUACCACCUGAUACCGGUGCCGGCCAGCUACGACCUGGCGUCCAUUUUUGAGCUGGACGCCACGACGCUCAAUCGCAGCGACAACCUCAUUCCGCAGAACUCGUACGUGCGCAUGAAGCACGUCUACACCAAUGCCUGGGUCCACUCCACCAACAUACCGAUUGACCGCGAGGAGGAACGCCCCUACAUGUCCAAGGUGGGCUGUGCGCAGAUUCGCGAGGACAAGGAGGCCUUUGCCAUCGUCCCCGUUUCGCCGACCGAGGUGCGCGACCUUGACUUUGUCAACGACGCCUGCAACGUCCUCCUGCAGAUAGUGGCAAAGAUGGAGGAGAAGGAGGUGUCGCAGAACGACCGAAAGCUGCUCAUUCAGCUGCUGCAGGACAUCAUCUACUUCAUCGCCAACCUGGAGAAUGAGCCCAAUCGGGUGGGCCCCUUCGAGCUGGUGCCCACGGUGACCAAUCGCGAGCGACAGAAACUGCUCCGAGAGCAGAACAUUCUCAAGCAACUGUUUAAGAUUCUGCAGGCGCCCUUUACUGACUCAGGCACGGGAACGCUGCUGAAGAUGGAAGAGCUGAAUGACAGUCGAAAUGCGAGCUACAAGCAGAUCUUCCGCCUGUGCUACCGGGUGCUUCGCCUGUCGCAGCACGACUACCGCAAAAACCAGGAGUACAUCGCCAAGUGGUUCGGCUUCAUGCAGAAGCAGAUUGGCUACGACGUGCUGGCGGAGGACACCAUCACCGCGCUGCUGCACUCCAACCGGAAGCUGCUGGAGCAGCACAUCACCGCCAAUGAGAUUGAGACGUUCAUCUCGCUGGUGCGCAAAAACCGCGAGUCUCGCUUCCUCGACUACCUCUCCGACCUGUGCAUCUCCAAGAAGGUGGCCAUUCCCAUCACGCAGGAGCUGAUCUGCAAGACGGUGCUGGCGCCCAAGAACUCCGACAUUCUCAUCAAGACGUACCUCCAGGAGACGUCCUUCAACGUGGAGAUGGACCUGCCGACGCGGUCAGGAGAGGAGAUCACCCUAGAGGUGAUGAGGGGCACCGAGGAGACGGUGAUUCUGGUGUGGGACAACGGCAAAAAGACCCGCUCCAUCUGUGAGCUCUCCCAAAGUGGCAGCCCAGAGGACCGGACGUUGCUGGAGUACUACCGCCACCAGCUGGACCUCUUCAGCAACAUGUGCCUCGACCGGCAGUACCUCGCCAUUGACACGCUCUCCUCGCAGCUCCGCAUUGAGCUGAUUCAGAAGUGCAUGUCCAAUGAGAUGCUCCCGUACGACCUUCGAGCUUCCUUCUGCCGCCUGCUGCUGCACAUGCACGUCGACCGCGACCCGCAGGAGCAGAUUACCCCGGUGAAGUACGCCCGCCUCUGGUCGGAGAUUCCCCGGAAGCUGUCCAUCAAUGACUACGACCGAAAUAAGCGGCAGUCAGACGUGGCCACCAAGGAGAGCGUCAAGCAGAAGCUCAGCUCGACGAUGAACUUUGUGGAGGACUACCUUUGCAAUGUGGUCUCCCACGAGUGGUCCUUCACCGACCGAGAGCAGAAUAAGCUGACGUACGAGGUGGUGAAACUGGCACGGGAGUUGAUUUACUUUGGCUUCUACAACUUCAGCGACCUUCUCCGGCUGACCAAAACGCUGCUGAACAUUCUCGACUGCACCGCAGAUUCGCCCAAUGUGAUCAGGGCGGCGAAUGGAGGCGGAGGCAAGGAGGCAGGGGGUAAAGGAGCGCCGAAAAAGGAUAUCAAUGGAUCAGCGACUGCUUCGAAAAAGCCAAUUCAAAAGCAAAUGUCGAUGUUGCUUGAGAAGGCUAAAGCAAAAGGCAAAAUUGGUGGCGGUGCCACCACCACAACUACCACCACCACCACCUCUGGCACAUCAUCGCACAGUAAACUGCAGAUGGACACGCUGGUCAUGGACACCAAACUGAAAAUCAUUGAAAUUCUGCAGUUCAUCCUCAACGUCCGCCUCGACUACCGCAUCACCGGUCUGCUGUCUAUCUUCAAGACGGAAAUUGACGCCAGCCACAUGACGACUGCAAAUGCUGCAGGUGAAGAAGGCCAACAGGGCAGUGUGAGCAUCGGCGAGAAGGGCAUCGACCUGGACCGGAUCGGCCAGCAGGCGGAGCAGAUCUUCGGCGACGAGAUCGACCUGGACGGCAAUGGCGGCUGCACCUUUCUCCGGGUGCUCGUCCAUCUCACAAUGCACGAGUAUCCGCCACUGGUGAGCGGCGCCCUGCACCUCCUCUUUCGGCACUUCAGCCAGCGCCAGGAGGUACUGCACUCUUUCCGCCAGGUGCAACUGCUCGUCAGCACGAAUGACGUGGAAAACUACAAACAGAUCAAGUCGGACCUGGACCAGUUCCGCCUGAUCGUGGAGAAGUCGGAGCUGUGGGUGUACAAGUCAAAGACGCUGGACGAUGCUGAGCACCAGCACACCGCCGAAACGACCGCCAAUGAAAACGAAGAUGGCGGAAACGGAGGCGGAAACGGAAACGAGUCUUCGCACUUUUGCAUCAACUACGACAAGAUCAAGACCAUUCUCGCCCGGCUGACGACGCUCUGCGUUCAGGAACAGCACCCGUGUGGGCCGGGGGCGGCGGCGGCUGCGGCUACGCCCGGCGGUGAGCUGAAGGCGCGCAAGCACGAACAACGGCUGCUGCGCAACAUGGGCGCCCACUUUGUGGUGCUGGAGCUGCUGCGCAUUCCCUACGACAAGAAGGACGUGAGGAUGGAUGAGGUAAUGAAGAUGGCGCACGAGUUUCUGCAGCACUUCUGCCUGUCCAAUCACCAGAACCAGAGCAUUCUGGAGAAGCACCUCGAUCUGUUCAUGAACCCGGGCAUUCUCGACGCGGAGACGAUGUGCUCCAUUUUCAAGGACAACAUCAGCCUCUGCAAUGACAUCAGCGAGCGGGUGGUGCAGCAUUUUGUGCACUGCAUCGAGACCACCGGCCGCCACGUGCAGUACCUCAAGUUUCUGCGCACUAUAGUGAAGGCGGAGGGCCAAGUGGUGCGCAAGUGCCAGAACCUGGUUAUGCAAGAGCUGAUCAACGCCGGCGAUGAGGUGCUGGUCUUCUACAAUGACAAGUCCUCAUUUCAGAACCUGGUGGACAUGAUGCGCAGUGAAAAGCAGCAGCUGGACAAGAUCGGCCCGCUGCACUAUCACAUCAAUCUAGUAAAACUGCUGGCCAGCUGCACGGAGGGAAAGAACGCCUUCACCGAGGUGAAGUGCCACUCGCUGCUCUCCCUGGACGACAUUCUCAUGGUGGUGCAGCACGAGGACUGCAUCGCCGAGGUGAAGGAGGCGUACAUUGACUUUCUCGCCCACUGCUUCAUCGACACGGAGAUGGAGAUGAAGGAGAUCUACAACUCCAAUCACAUCUGGACGCUGCUGGAGAACUUCCUCGUAGACAUCACCAGCGUGACCAGUGCGCCGCACGACCGGGCGCACGCCGACCUCGCCAUGGAGCGCUACGUCUCCACCUCCAUCAUCAACCUCAUCACCAUCUUCUUCAACUCGCCGUACAGCGACCAGAGUUCGAUCAUUCAGACGCAUCAGCCGGUGUUCAUCAAGACGCUGCAAAGUAUCUACCGGCUGAGCACUUGCACCUGGCUGACGCUGCCCCAGCGAGUCAACGUGGAAAAUUGCCUGCACGCCCUGGUGGACAUCUCCAAGACGAGAGGGAUUGCCAUACCGAAUGAGCUGGAGGCGCAGGUGCUGAACAUGUUCCAGAAGCAGACGCUGCUGAAUAAGCACAGUCGCGUUUGGCUCAGUGCCGCUCGGUCGGCCAGUUCGGCGAGGAAUGUUUCGAGAAACGCCGCAGCAUCUGCGGCAUCGACUGGUCCAUUUUCUGGUGGCAGUGGUAAUCAACAACAGCCCAACUACCGCAACGAUCGCUCCAUCAUCGACGCCUUCCAGGACAUUGUGACGCUGCUGGAGGAGCAGCUGAAACCCCUGGUGCUGGCCGAGCUCUCCGCCCUGGUCGACGUACUGUACAAGCCGGAGACACUCUUCCUCUACAACUCCAUUGCGAGGAAAAUCUGCGAAAGUGGCGGCUUCAUCUGCAAGCUGAUUAAGCACACGGAAAAGCUGAUGGAGGAAAAGGACGAGAAACUGUGCAUCAAGGUGCUGCAGACGCUCAAGGAAAUGAUGGACGUUGAUCCGCACUUUGAUGAACGGGGAGAAGCUCUUCGAAAGACACUACUUGAUCGAUAUCUGGUAAAAACACGUCCUCUGCCGGCCAGUGCAGCCCAUCACCAGUCAUCAUCGUCAUCAUCAUCCUCAUCACUGGCCGACAUGGUGGACGGCAGCAUCAGCACUUCAGCCGGCAGUCCUGCCCUUUCCUCCUCUUCAUCGACGCCCACCAACGGCGACUACGACACCAGCAUGCUGACGCCCGGCGCACUGGCUUCUCACCUGCGAAAGAAAGCCGCCAGCAACAAGCUGACAUUUGAAGAUGACGGAAGGGGAGGGAUGAAUGGGAGCUCCCGCAGUGCCAUCACGCCCUUCCUGCCCAAAUCAAAGGAAAAGAAAAAGUCCACUUCUCAAACCGCUUUUGGGCCGGGCGCCAAGAUGGUGAUGCGGGCGGAGAUCACUCUGCAGGAUCUGCAGUGUCACCUCGACCGUGAGGGCGCCAGCAAUCUGGUGGUGGAGCUGAUCAUGUCCAAUCCCAACUACUCCAUCUUCGUGGAAAGUGUUGAGCUGGGCAUCGCCCUGCUGGAGGGCGGCAAUAAUGCCAUUCAAAAGUCCAUUUUCUACAAGCUGACGCAGGGAAACAACUCGGAGAAGUUUUUCAAAGUAUUCUACGAUAAAAUGAAGUUUGCACAGCAGGAAAUUAAGUCUACCAUCAGCGUCAGUUCGAGUGAUUUUCACAAAAGCGGACUAACUGGCGAUAAUGAAAUUUCCACGCCAAUGUUAAUCGGUCAAAUUGAGGAGUCCGGUGGAUUUGAGUCCUCCGGGCAGAUGUUCAGCAGCCUGAUCAACAAACACCGCCUCACUGCCCGGACGCAAACAAAGGUGGCCAAGCUGCCGCUGGAGAUUGCCGUCAUGAAGCAGAUUCUUCGUUUUCUGCAACUGCUCUGCGAAAAUCACAACCCCGACCUGCAGAACUUUCUGCGCAACCAAAACCAAAAAACCAACUUCAAUCUAGUGUCGGAGACGCUGAUCUUUCUCGACCGCAUCUGCGGCUCGACGACCGGCGGCCUCGGCCNCCGUUUUCUGCAGCUGCUCUGCGAAAACCACAACCCCGACUUGCAGAACUUUCUGCGCAACCAAAACCAAAAGACCAACUUCAAUCUAGUGUCGGAGACGCUGAUCUUCCUCGACCGCAUCUGCGGCUCGACGACCGGCGGCCUCGGCCUACUGGGCCUCUACAUCAACGAGUCCAACGUGGCGCUGGUCAAUCAGACGCUGGAGACGCUGACCGAGUACUGCCAGGGCCCCUGUCACGAGAACCAGAACUGCAUUGCGACGCACGAGUCGAACGGCAUCGACAUCAUCAUCGCCCUCAUACUGAAUGACAUCAAUCCGCUGGGCCGGAAGCGGAUGGACCUUGUGCUGGAGUUGAAGAACAACGCCUCCAAGCUGCUGCUGGCCAUCAUGGAGAGUCGCGCCGACUCGGAGAAUGCCGAGCGCAUUCUCUACAACAUGAGCCCAAAGCAACUGCUCGAGGUGGCCUGUCGUGCCUUCCACCAGAAGCCCACUGCCGUGCCGCAGACUGAAGCAAUGCCAAACGGAGCCAACGGCUCCAUCGUCGAUCCAAAAGAGGUCGGGCACAACAUCUACAUUCUCUGCCACCAGCUGGCGCAGCACAACAAGGAGCUGGCCGAUCUGCUGCGAAACCCUGACAGCGACAAGAGCGAGCAAAUCUUCGAGUCGCACGGGAAGGUUCGCGACGCGCUGCAGUACUACCAGACGCACACCGCCCAGAUUGAGAUUGUCCGUUUCGACCGGACGAUGGAGCAGAUCGUCUUUCCGGUGCCGCAGAUUUGCGAGUUUCUCACCUCGGAGUCGAAAGGCAAGGUGUACUACAAUGCGGAGCGGGAUGAACAGGGCAGCAAGGUCUUUGAGUUCUUUGAGCGGGCGGAUGAUCUGUUCAAUGAGAUGAACUGGCAGAAGCGGUUGAGAGAACAACCACUUCUCUACUGGGUGUCCCGACACAUGUCACUGUGGAACAGCUUCUCUUUUUACCUUGCCUUUGUGGUCAACCUCAUCGUGGCCCUUUUCUAUCCGUUUCCCAACAAAGCUGAAAUUGACGCUCGAAUCUCCGCCGGCAUAUGGGCCAUUCUGCUGUUUGCUCUGGCAUCAGUGUUCGCCUUUCCGGGAAAACUGGGUUUUCGUGUUUUAAUCGGCGCCAGCAUACUGCGGUUGAUCUUCAGCAUUGACAUACAGCCGACGCUCUUUCUGCUGGGCGCCAUUCAGGUGGUCAUCAAGGCGGUGCAUCUCAUUAGUAUUAUGGGCAAUCACGGCACGCUGACGAAGAGCAUCGGCAAGAUCAUGACGGACCGCGAGUUCGUCUACCACAUCAGCUACCUGGCCUGCUGUCUCAUUGGCCUCUGCUGGCAUCCCUUCUGCUACAGCAUUCUGCUUCUAAACGUCAUCUACCAAGAGGAAACGCUAAAAAACGUCAUUAGAUCAGUGACCCGCAACGGACGGUCCAUCAUUCUCACCGCUUUUCUGGCACUGAUCCUCGUGUACCUCUUUUCAAUCAUUGGCUACCUCUUCUUUCGAGAUGAUUUCCUCCUUGAGGUGGACGGCACACCGGCCAAAGACGGUCUUGAUGAAGCGACUACACUUUCUCUGGACCUUCCUGAGUCGGUGCUUAGCGAGGCGCACCGGACUGACGCACAUGAAAGUGAAGAAAUAGAGGAGAGAGAAGAGGAGUCCUCAAAGGAACGGGCAUGUGACUCGCUGGUGAUGUGCAUCAUAACGACGCUGAAUCACGGACUGCGAAACGGCGGCGGCAUCGGCGACGUCCUUCGCUCGCCGAGCUCCGUCGAGCCACUUUUCAUUGCCCGGGUCAUCUACGAUUUACUCUUUUACUUCAUUGUCAUCAUUAUCAUCCUCAACCUCAUUUUCGGUGUCAUCAUUGACACCUUUGCUGAUUUGCGUUCUGAAAAACAGCAAAAAGAGGAGAUUCUCAAAAACACCUGCUUUAUUUGCGGUUUGGAUCGUUCGGCUUUUGACAACAAAAGUGUUUCUUUUGAAGAGCACAUUCGAAUGCAGCAUAACAUGUGGCACUACCUCAAGUUUAUUGUGCUUGUAAAAGUAAAAGACCCGACUGAGUUUACAGGUCCAGAAAGUUAUGUUGCCUCAAUGAUUAAAGAGCGUAAUCUUGACUGGUUUCCUCGAAUGAGGGCCAUGUCAUUGGCAGCUGAAGACGGUGGAGAUGAACAGCAAAAUGAGUUAAGAACUUUGCAUAGUCAGUUGGAAAUAACUAUCAAAAUGGUUGAAACGCUGAGUCGACAACUAAGUGAUCUAAAAGACCAGAUGAUGGAACAGCGCAAACAACAACAUCGCAAAGGUAUUCUUAACACAAACAUCACUCUCAACAGUCACGAACGCUAA